AUGGCAUUUCUACAUCUAUCUAAGGCAGACCAGGAGAUCUUGGAUUCACACAAGCUCAAGUUGCCUGUACGUGCUACUUUUCUGAUGUGGCUGUUGCCGGUGAAUCAAAAUCAGUCUAACCUCGUAGAUGUUUGCCAGUACUGUCGUACAUGGGUCUUUCCGAUCAAAGACGUGCUGGGCACAAACUACAUGCCAUCUGUGACUCAAACAUCUGAGAUAAAGCAACUCGUACAGUUUGCGACAAAGAUCCACGCUCUCCUUCCAGAGGCAUUAGAAGAUGCAAGAACGAGACUACAGAAGGCCGAGGAAGCACAUAAAGAGGUUGAACAUCUCAUUCAUGACGAGAUGAUCGCCUUGUUACAAGCGGAUGUGUUGGAGGAUAUGAAAUGUGAGGUCCCUGGUCUGUUGAGUGUCCGAGUCGAGCUGGAGAAGUAUAUCCGGGAAGGCGAGGCACUCAUUUCUCCAGCUAGGCGACUACCGGCGGAGGUUAUGUCUAAUAUUUUCGAACAUUGUCUAGAAGAAAAUGACGUCAAUCAUCACACAGGUCCUCGACCACGUGUAUCAGAACCGCCGUUGUUGCUUGGAAGAAUAUGCCGUCCAUGGCGGAGGAUAGCCUUGGCCACGCCCCGGCUGUGGACAUCGUUAAUUCUUCAUCUUCCUCCAGAAUUGACUUUGUGGCACGCACCCCUGCGAGCACACGUCGAAGCAUUCGAGUUCUGGCUUGAACACUCAAGGUCACGUCCAUUACAGCUCACCAUUGUACACGACAAGGGUCAUUCUGUGCAGCGCCCAGUAUACGAAGUCGAGUUUCGCGACUGUUCCCCCGAGUACGAGCAUCUUCUGGAGAUUGUCCAAUCCAAUGCGCAUCGUUUAAGUGGCCUCUCUAUCUUCAUGCCUACUGUUUCCUUCGAUUGUCCCGCUUUCAUUGCGCUCACAGACCAGUCGUUUCCGCAUGUAAAAACCAUCAACAUCUUUCCAACUGACAUUAUGGUGACUCCAGUAGAGCCUUCUCGGAGAAUCAACCUCGAUAACUCACCUUGUCUUCGAUCACUUGGUGUAGGACUGUCAUGGUAUAGAAUGACGAAUAUCCAUGUCCCAUGGGCUCGGGUAACACAUUUGCACCUGGCUCAUCUCAUUCCGAACCUUGUCUCUUCAACACUCAGCGAUUAUCUUCAGGUGCUUCGGCAAUGCAAAAGCCUCAAAUGGUUUUCAGUAAUAAUUACCGAUGGUAUCUUCCAAACACCAGUGGGACCGCCGAUUUAUGCCAUCCUCGAGACCUUUGAGGUCGUCGUAUUAGGCAGUGGACGUCUCGUAGGAGGGUUUCUGAAUGCACUCAAUCUUCCCCAUCUGCGACGCCUUCAGAUGCAGCACAUGUUUCCCUCAGGUCAUCCUCAAGGACAGCAGCAUUCCGCUUGCGGAAUCGAAAUCCUUAGUCUCAUCCAACGAUCGCGUUGUAUGUUAUGGUAUCUCAUCCUCGAGCAUGUUCCAAUUACAAUCAAGGAGAUGCUGGCGUGCUGCUUAGUAUGUCCUCAGCUGACUCGCCUUGAAUUACUGCCAUGGCCACCACUGAAGCCGAAUAAUGAAGUAAUUGAAGCACUCACCCCACAGUCUCUGGGCGAUACAACUCCCAUUCUGUGUCCACGUCUCGAAACACUGAAGUUCGGACUGAUUAGUCCGUUCGUAAGUGUAGGGCUUUUAGACCUGGUGGCUUUACGCCACAUUCGUUGGAUUCUGUCCUCACCAUUAGCGGUCCUAGGGCGCGUCGAGGUUGUGCUAUACAAGAGCAUGUUCUGCGAAGACCCUUCGGACAUGGAUAGCCGCAUAUACCAAUUCAAGAAAUCAUUACAGCAUUGUCUUCCGAAGGGAAAGGUCGAAGUUUCUUGGGCAGUGUCGAAGAGUUUCCAUGGGCUCCCUUGGCUUCAUAUAUGAUGAUCUAAUUAUAUUUUUUUGCUUUCAAGGACAUAAUCAGGCUAUCUGUUCAUAAACAUCGCACUAGUUUUUAGGGUUUUUGGUAGUUUAGGAAAUAAAUCAAUAUUAAUAUA